AUGGAGGAGAGGGAUGGCAAGGAGGGGGGGCAAAAUGGGCCGUAUAAGGGGUCAUCAACGAUGAUUGUAGGGGAUGGAGAGGAGGGGUGGUCAUUAACCACAACCUCAACCAUAGGGGGGGCUAGGAGGGGAAAGAGUAGGGUCACUAACUCAAGGGUAAGGGCCGGGGAAGGGGGAGGGGUUGUCAAUAGGAAGGAGCAAGGAGGAAUCCCUCUUCACUCUCCUCUUUCUUUGGCGUAUGAUGCUGCUGGGUCACCUGAGGAAGAUCUUAGUCCGGUUGAGUUAGAGGUGCAAGAAUGCAGUAGGACCAGCGAAGAUCGUGAAAUUAAGGAUAAACUCAUGCGUAAAUAUAGUGGUUACAUUAGCUCCCUGAAGCAUGAAUUUUCGAAAAAGAAGAAGAAAGGAAAGCUGCCCAGAGAAGCAAGGCAAAUGCUGCUUGAUUGGUGGACCAUUCACUACAAAUGGCCAUACCCAACUGAGGCAGACAAGGUUGAGCUGGCCGAAUCAACGGGUUUGGAUCAAAAACAAAUAAACAACUGGUUCAUAAAUCAGCGGAAGCGCCAUUGGAAACCGUCGGAGAACAUGCAAUUCACUGUUAUGGACAGUAUUUAUGGACCAUUUUUCUGA